UGGCCACCAGCGCAACACAGCCAGCACUCAUCCUACUCUCGCCAUGGGCAACUGCCUCAACAAGGCUUCCAAGCAGCAGAGGCGGCGUGGCGACGUGAUGCCGGAGGAGGAAGCUGAAAGCCUCUCGGAGAUGAGGAGGGUAAGCCAGGCGCCUGCGGCGGAGGGGCUGAAGGUGAAGAUCGUGUUGACGCGGGGCGAGCUGGAGUGCCUCAUGGCGCAGCUCAAGAGCGGCGAGCAGAGCCUCGAGGACGUGCUCCACCACGUGCGCGACAUCAAGGACACCGCCGCCCCGCGCGCCGGCGACGGCGGGUGGCGGCCGCGUCUCGAGAGCAUCCUCGAGUGCCCGGAGACUGCGUGCAGCGGCCUAGGCUGACACCGGAAGAUGUUCUCGAUCGUUAGCUUCGGAUCUCCUCCGCCCGCGCGUGUAGGUGUAGGUUCUUGUGCUUGUUGCUUGCCGCUUGGAUCCAUGGAGAGGCUUCUCGUGGUUUUUUUUUUUUUUUUUGCAAGGGAGUGGCCUUCCUUAUUUCAAGAAAGAAUUCACUGUACUAGUGCUAGCUUUCGAGGAUGAACAACACCCAUAUACAGUAUAGAUCUCUGCAUGUUUUAUUUCUUCUUCUUUGGCUUUCGCCUUUUUUUAGCUUUUGCUCUGCUUUCCCUCUCUGUUUUGUAAAUAUCGGUGAGAUGGCAACUUAUGCCCUGCUGUAACUUAACCAGGCCCUGAAUCUGGUUCAGUUCUCCCCUGAUUGUUUAACAGUGCACGGCUUCACUUAAA